UCUGCCUUCCUCUACCUGUUGGCCAUAAUAAACUCAAUCUGCCACACUUGUUGAUAUAAAACUACAAAUAUACUUUAGUUAGAAAGUAGGACACGAACGAGAAGAAGAAGAAGAAAAAACUCAUUAAAGAAUUUUUUCUUUUAUUUUGGGCCUGAAAGAAAAAACAAUUUCUCCGCUCGUCUCAGCAGGAAGAAGACAUUGCCAACCGUGUGCCAACCACUUUUAAGCAACAGAUUUUUUUCUGAUUCUAUAAUAACAGUUUAAGAGAUUUAGGGUUUUAUAAAAGAUCACCGACUUUUCCAAAGGAAUGGUUUUCGGAAGAAGAAAAGUAAGUCGCCAGUAUUUUGGUUAAAAAGCAUGGCAACUUUUGAAUCUUUCCAUUGAACCUUGUACAGAAAUCUGAUGGUGAGAAAGAAGGAACAGAAAUAUAACUACCAUGGAAUAGAGAGUUGAAGCCAUUUCAAUGAUUUCUCCAAGACUUCUGCUAGAAUCAUGAAUCUACCGAAAAUAUUUUACCAAAAACCCUGGCAUCUUCUGAUGCUUUGUAUCGUGGUACUUACAUCCAGUCUUACCUAUCUCAUAACUGCUGACAUUUUUCGGACUGAUGCCCGACUAAAGUUAGACAUAUGUCUGUACCACUUACACAUGAGAGAAGCCAAAGCCUAUCGCCACCAUACGUUCCGUCUUCUCAACCAAACCUGUCGGACAGUUACACAACAGGUAACUUCACAACCCAACACAGACAGAAUGCAAUACACAACGACAGAUUCUGAAACCAAGAAUGAGUGCCUCUUUGUCCUCCCAUCAAUCCUCAUACUGACUCCAUUUGAUAAUUUCGCCAGUUUUUUCCAUCAAUAUUUCAAUCUUCUGAACUCCUUGUCUUAUCCCCAUUGCCGUCUGAGGAUUGCACUCGGCAUUGAUAAAUACGGAGUCCCCUCCCCUAAACUUGCUAAACGGCAGAUAUCGAGGAUUUCACACAAAUUUCGUUCUAUUGAAGUUUACAAUUUAGACAUUCCAGAUGAUGCAACGCUUAUGUUGGCGAGCCAUUCAGACAAACAUAACGAGACAAUUCAGUUGAAUCGUCGCAGGAGGUUGGCACAAGUUCGAAACUUCCUUCUGAUGAGUGCUUUGCGCGAUGAAAAAUACGUCCUCUGGCUUGACAGCGAUCUUCGGGAAGUGCCCCAAGAUCUUAUCCAAACUUUACUCUCCGCUCACGUCCCGAUUGUGGUGCCUUCAUGCAUGUACCGAAAGGCACCAAACAUUCUCGAUAUUUAUGACCGAAAUUCCUGGCGAGAAACCAAAGAAUCAAAAGAAUAUUUAAAUUCAAAAGAGCCCGGAUAUUUGAUGCUGGAAGGUUAUACGAACAAGUCUCUACGACAGUAUUUACCUGAACUAAAACAUGAGGGCAAAGUGGUCAGUCUGGAUGGUGUGGGGUCCUCUUGUCUGUUGGUUGAUGCUAAUGUGCAUCGUCGUGGAGUUAUCUUCCCACCAUAUCUUGUCAACCAUCACCUAGAAAGCGAAGGCUUUGCUCAGAUUGCCAAAUCACUAAAUUACCAACUGUUUGGGAUGCCUAACAUCCUCGUAAUUCACUGAAAAUCAAAACCAUAAAACAAUACUUUGGAGUUGGUUUUGAUGAAGCAAGUUUAUCCAUUUUGUGUUUGUGUGCCUCUUAAACAAUUAAGCGCCAGAAUCUGCACCAAAAAUCCAUUCUAGCAACAGAUGCUACCCACUCUAGACUCAUCGGUGAAUAAUUCAGGGGAAAUAACUGUUUUUAGGAGGUCAGAUUUUGAUUUCCUUUCGUUAAGAGAUUUUGUUUUGUUUCCAAAAAUUUUCAUAAUUCGCCACAGAAACUAAACAACCUCAAAGUUUCACAUGUUUAUGUAUUUUAAAAAGGUAAAAACACCCCAAAACAUGAAAAAAUAUUUUUAUUGCAUCAUUGUUUUAAGGUUUACGAUAUGUACCAAGGCAUAAAUAAUGAUUAUCUGACAGUAAGCAUUUCAUCCUGGCCUGGGUUUUGUAUUCAGCUCCAUUCAGAUUAAAUUAGAACCAUCAAUGAAUAGACAGGAUCGGAUUCAAUCAGCUAAAUUCCUUCAGGGGGCGAACGAGUAAAAUUGAUUAAUUUUUUUUGUAAGAAUUUACAUGUGGAUGUGGUGUGAUGUACUACAUGUAUGCAUGUGUGUGUGUGUCAUAUGCAUAUAUGUAUGUAGUGUUUCUAAUGUGUGUGAUGCUUGUGUGUUUGUGAUGUAUAUAUAUAUAUAUAUAUGUGUGUGUGUGUGUGUGUGUGUGUGUGUGUUAUGGCAUGCAGUAACAUCCUCAAACUGCUGAAACAUUUGUCUUUACUGAUGCCUUUUGUUAUUUUAUAUUUUUUUUUUAUCCUACUUACUCACCUGUGUCCUAUUACUUACCUGCGAGGUACCAGUGGGCAAUGGGAGGUGUUUGUCAGCAAGACAGACUAGACAAAGUUGAGU